AUGACCAUCCUCGAUUUCUUCCGCAGAAUCCUGCGCCGACUGGCCGCCAUGAUCCUCUUUCCCUCCGCCUUCAAGACCAUGAAUGUCUCUGUCAAAUCCCCCAACACCGAGGUCACCGUGGUCGAGACCAUGGACAGUCCCCAUUCUCUCGACUCGCUAAAGGACGAAAUCAUGCGUCUCUUCCGAUACCCCUGUACCAUGCGUCGAAUGCUGUCCAUGUCCUCGGCCCUCCGCAUCCAAUACAAGGCCAAACUCCAAGAGAGCGACGCUUGCAUGCUGCCCUCCUAUUGCCACACGUUGCCAACAGGAGAAGAGACGGGCACGUACAUCGCUCUCGACGUGGGUGGCUCAACCUUCCGAGUGGCCUUGAUUGAACUUCGAGGAAGAGAGAACCGACACGGCCCUAUGGUGAUCAAGCACAUGUCCACCAGUAAGAUUGAUGAGCGAAUACGUAAACUUCCUGGAACAGAGUUCUUCGAUUGGAUGGCCAGCAGGAUACGUGCUAUGCUGGAAGAAGAGAAGGGAGCGUGGUCCCCCGACCAGACUUUACCUCUGGGGCUGGCAUGGAGUUUCCCAAUCGAGCAGACCAGUCACCGGGGUGGCAAGGUCCAAGGCAUGGGCAAAGGAUUUGCUUGUCAUGAAGAUACAAUCGGUAUGGAUCUAGGAGAACUUAUCGAGGCCGCCUGCGCCAGGACGAAUUUAAGGGUCCGCGUCGACGCCAUUGUCAAUGAUUCUUCAGCGACCCUUCUCUCUCAAGCCUAUUUGGACCCCGCCACAUCCAUGGGGCUAAUCUUGGGAACUGGGACAAACGCCGCCGCAUAUCUGCCAACGGCCUGCAUGGGGAUGUCCAAGUUUGGAGACCGCGAUCCUUCAUGGUUCGACGAAGCCGAGCGGGUGAUCACGAACACAGAGGUGUCGAUGUUCGGGAAGUCGAUUCUCCCCGAGACACGGUGGGAUGAAGUUCUAAACCGUCAGCACGAUAGGCCGGACUUUCAGCCCCUCGAGUAUAUGACUACCGGUCGCUACCUGGGAGAGCUGUUGAGAUUGAUCAUAAUCGAAGGAGUUGCCACUGGAGAGCUAUUCAACGGCGUCGUGCCCGACGCGCUACGGGAGCGCUAUUCUUUGGACACCGAAAUCAUGGCCAAGUUAGAGCUGGACACGACGAAGAGCAUGAGAAGUUCCAUCUCUAUGAUCAAGAAGGCUUUUGGGUUGAAAAAGAGUCCGACGACGAAAGAGGUCUCGUUCCUCCGAGAAGCGGCUGAGUCAAUCUCGUAUCGAGCGUCUGCCUACAUCGCCGUUGCCGUCCAUGCUCUCUGGGCGUUACAGAAGGACACCGACGUGAACCCCACCACACCGAACGGAACUCCCAAAACAUCGAUUGCGUGCAACGGGAGUGUCAUCCUCAAGUAUCCCGGCUUCAAAGAUCGAUGUGAGGGUUUCAUCAGACAAAUGAUCUCCACCGGAUCAUCAGCUGGAGGCCCCUUCGGUGCUGAAAAGGUCGUCCUGGAACCGACUCACGAAGCCGCCGUCUUCGGCGCCGCUGUUGCGGUAGCUCUAGCCGACGCGCCCUGA